AUGUCCACCUCAGUCGUAUUGUAUGGCUCUCUCUCUCCCGGUCCCGUAAUGAUUAAACUCCAAUCCCUCAAGUGUGUGGUUGGUAGACUACCGACAGAGACGGCAAUCUAUGAUGAAGAACAUUUAAUAAAUAUAAACAUCAGAACCACACACCAGGAUGACGAUGAUGAAUUGUAUGAUGAUGAUGAUGAUGAUGAUUCGGAUGAUGAUGAUGAUGAUGAUGAUUCGGAUGAUGAUGAUGAUGAUGAUGACAUAUCAACUGACGUCGAAAACUAUACAACUGAACUGGCGGAAUGGUGCAGCACUGCAGAGCGAUAUCGCACUCAGAUGUUUUCGAUCUUAUUCACGUAUGAGUUUGUCGGUGAUCAGCAUCUGGGUUCCUAUUUAAGUUAA